AUAGAAGUCCAGCAGAAUGCGUGAAAUCGUGCAUAUUCAAGCCGGCCAGUGUGGCAACCAGAUCGGAGCCAAGUUCUGGGAGGUAAUAUCCGAUGAGCAUGGAAUCGAUGCGACGGGAGCGUACUGCGGUGAUAGCGAUUUGCAGCUGGAGCGGAUAAAUGUGUACUACAACGAGGCCACAGGCGGAAAGUACGUACCCCGAGCGGUGCUAGUUGACUUGGAACCGGGAACUAUGGAUUCCGUCCGAGCAGGACCCUUCGGACAGCUGUUCCGUCCGGAUAAUUUUGUUUUCGGGCAAUCCGGUGCCGGUAACAACUGGGCUAAGGGACACUAUACCGAAGGGGCCGAACUGGUUGAUUCGGUGCUCGAUGUGGUCCGGAAAGAAUCGGAAGGUUGUGAUUGUCUGCAGGGCUUCCAGCUAACACACUCGUUAGGCGGCGGAACUGGUUCAGGCAUGGGUACUUUGCUUAUUUCGAAGAUUCGAGAAGAAUAUCCGGAUCGUAUUAUGAACACAUUCUCCGUCGUUCCGUCGCCAAAGGUGUCCGAUACUGUGGUAGAGCCAUAUAACGCAACCCUAAGUGUGCACCAGCUGGUUGAGAACACAGACGAAUCCUACUGUAUCGAUAACGAGGCUCUGUACGAUAUUUGCUUCCGCACAUUAAAGUUGACCACCCCAACGUACGGCGAUUUGAACCACCUGGUUUCGGCCACGAUGUCUGGUGUGACCACGUGUUUGCGCUUCCCCGGUCAGCUGAAUGCAGAUCUCCGCAAAUUGGCAGUCAACAUGGUACCUUUCCCGCGGCUACACUUUUUUAUGACUGGCUUCGCGCCCUUGACUUCCCGUGGAUCGCAACAAUAUCGUGCCCUGACCGUUCCGGAACUAACGCAGCAAAUGUUCGAUGCAAAAAAUAUGAUGGCGGCUUGUGAUCCACGCCACGGACGGUACCUAACGGUGGCGGCCAUCUUCCGGGGCCGAAUGUCCAUGAAGGAAGUCGACGAGCAGAUGCUAAACAUUCAAAGCAAGAAUAGCAGCUACUUCGUGGAAUGGAUUCCGAACAAUGUAAAAACAGCCGUCUGUGACAUUCCGCCGCGUGGUUUGAAAAUGUCGUCCACCUUCAUUGGCAACUCGACGGCGAUACAGGAAAUUUUCAAACGUAUCGCCGAACAAUUUACGGCUAUGUUCCGGCGGAAGGCCUUCUUGCAUUGGUACACCGGUGAAGGCAUGGACGAAAUGGAGUUCACCGAAGCCGAGAGCAAUAUGAACGACCUGGUAUCGGAAUACCAGCAGUACCAGGAAGCAACAGCCGACGAGGAAGGAGAAUUUGACGAAGAAGAGGAAGGUGGCGAAGAAUAAAUGAGGAAAUUAUCCGUUAUCAUCAUACUGUGAAUUAAAGAUCCUACUGUUGUAUAAUUGCUGAAAUAAAAUUUUGUUCCAAAAAAAA